CCCCCGCCUCCAUUUUGUUCGCGGACGCUGGGGACGGUGGGAGCAAUCCAUUUCCGGGUUGGCAAAAGGGGCGGCGGCGGCAGCGAGAAAGAGAGCUUGCCGGGGGGAGAACGGGACAGGACCAAGCCGGAGCGGAGGUGGCGGAGGAUUCGCCCCCGGAACAGCUGCGGCCAGGUAUAUGAGUGACGUAAAGCUGCAAAUAAAGACGGAGAGAGAGAAGUGCCAACUGGGAACAGGACAAGGAUGCCAAUUCCUCCUCCCCCUCCACCCCCACCAGGCCCUCCUCCCCCUCCCACUUUUAAUCAGGCAAACACAGAGCAGCCCAAGCUGAGUAGAGAUGAGCAGCGGGGUCGAGGUGCCCUUUUACAGGACAUUUGCAAAGGGACCAAGCUGAGGAAGGUGACCAACAUUAAUGAUCGGAGUGCACCCAUCCUCGAAAAGCCCAAAGCAAGCAGCGGCGGUUAUGGCUCUGGAGUAGCUGCCCUGCAGCCCAAGGGAGGGCUCUUCCAAGGAGGAGUGCCAAAGCUUCGACCUGUGGGAGCCAAGGACACUUCAGAGAACGUAGCUGGUAAGCCAGCCCUGCAAGUCCCCAGUUCUCGAGCUGCUGCCCCAAGACCUCCAGUUUCUACAGCCAGUGGACGUCCUCAAGAUGAUACAGAUAGCAGCCGGGCCUCACUCCCAGAACUACCCCGGAUGCAGAGACCCUCUUUACCAGACCUUUCUCGGCCCAAUACCACCAGCAGUACAGGCAUGAAGCACAGCUCCUCUGCCCCUCCCCCACCACCCCCAGGGCGGCGUGCCAAUGCACCCCCUGCACCUCUGCCUAUGCACAGCAGCAAAGCCCCAGCCUACAACAGAGAGAAACCCUUACCUCCGACACCUGGACAAAGGCUUCACCCUAGUCGAGAGGGACCUCCUGCUCCACCCCCAGUCAAACCACCUCCUUCCCCUGUGAAUAUCAGAACGGGACCAAGUGGCCAGUCUUUGGCCCCUCCUCCUCCGCCUUAUCGUCAGCCUCCUGGGGUCCCCAAUGGACCCUCCAGUCCCACUAAUGAGUCAGCUCCUGAGCUGCCACAGAGACAUAAUUCUUUGCAUAGGAAGACACCAGGGCCUGUCAGAGGCCUAGCACCGCCUCCACCCACCUCAGCCUCCCCCUCUUUACUGAGUAAUAGGCCACCUCCCCCAGCCCGAGACCCUCCCAGUCGGGGAGCAGCUCCUCCACCCCCACCACCCAUGAUCCGAAAUGGUGCCAGAGAUGCUCCCCCACCACCCCCACCAUACCGAAUGCAUGGGUCAGAACCCCAGAGCCGAGGAAAGCCCCCACCUCCACCCUCAAGGACGCCAGCGGGGCCACCCCCUCCUCCACCACCACCUUUGAGGAAUGGCCACAGAGAUUCUAUCACCACGGUUCGAUCUUUCUUGGACGAUUUUGAGUCAAAGUAUUCCUUCCAUCCAGUAGAAGACUUUCCUGCUCCAGAAGAAUAUAAACACUUUCAGAGAAUAUAUCCCAGCAAAACAAACCGAGCUGCCCGUGGAGCCCCACCUCUGCCACCCAUUCUCAGGUGAAGCUUGGCUUGGUCCUGAUCCUCAGGAAAAAGAUGGACCUUUUCUUCUCAGAUGGUCCCUUCCAUUCCCCCCAGAAACCUGCAUGAGAGCUCCUAACAUGUUUCUCCAGUGCAACCAACCCUAGACACCAAGCAUCCUCCCGGCUCAUCUCCAUCUAUGCAUCUCGUCUCUGGACUUGGUGAUCGGACUCUUUAUAUUGAUAUGGGGUCUCAAACCCUGCAUCCAUCCUUCCUCUACCAAGCCCUGCUAGCCAGAUGAGGAAAAAGCUUCUGUGUCUCCUGCUUUCCUCUUGGGGAAAGGUGCCUUGUUGUGAUGAAUUAACUCAUUGCUGGGGCAGGGCAAUAUGAUACUCCUUCCUCCUCCUCCCCUCUAUAGGGGAAGCCUGGCGGGUCUGUUAUAUUUCAUCAUUUAGCAGGGUAGCAUGGCCAGGGCUUCUGAGUGGGAAGGGAACAUUUUUAGUGAAGCAGGAAAGGAGUUUGGAGAGAAGUGAUCUGUUUUAAAGGUCAAAUUCGGAGAAAGGGCAAGGACAUGGGUGUGCUUUAUUUUUAGGGGUAUUUUGGUUUUGUUCUCAUCCUACCCCACCCCUGUUCCCCACCCCAGGGAUAAGUUGGACAUAAACACUAAAAACUAAUCAGUUGAACUAAACAUUUAAUAAAAAGAGAGGGUGAUAUAAACUGAGAA